UCUGGCCAUGGCUUGCUGGCGUCUGGCCCUCCUUCUGACUGGGGCCCUCCUGGCAGGGGCCCAGGCCAGGCCUGAGCGGGUCUGUCUCUCAGCCCCACAGCCAGCCCUGACCCAGCCAGAUGCACUGCUGGUCUUCCCAGGCCAAGUAGCUCAACUCUCCUGCAUGCUCAGCCCUCGCCAUGCCACCAUUGGGAAAUACGGUGUGUCUUGGUACCAGCAGCGAGCAGGCAGCGCCCCCCGCUAUCUCUUCUACUACCGCUCAGAGGAGGACCACCACCGGCCCCCAGACAUUCCUGACCGCUUCUCGGCAGCCAACGAUGAAGUCCACAAUGCCUGUAUCCUGACCAUCAGCCCUGUGCAGCCUGAGGAUGACGCAGAUUAUUACUGCUCUGUGGGCUACACAUCCUAGGGGUGGGGUGUGGGUUGAGUGUCUCCUACCUGCCUCCCAUUUCUGUCCCUGACCUUAGUCCCCUCUCUAACAUUCUGAGCCUUGAUUUUCCUCCUUUAGUAAAAUCAGUUAAUAACAUUCACCAUGUCAACGAUAACUAUUCUGAGGUCUAAGAGAUCCCUGCUGAGAAUGUGACUCUGGUUGGUCUGGGAGGGUGGGGGAGUAGGAAUUCUGGGGACUGGUGCAGAAAAGGAAGCACCUGAGACCCUUGGGGUGGGACCCAGCCUCUCCACUGGCUCCCAGGGAGCUCAGACUGGUGGUCUGGUUUUUCUGUGACCCAAGGAGCUGGAGGGAGAUAAAAAAGGAGCCAGCCCUUGCCGCUCCCAGGUCUGCAUGGCUGGUUGUGGUCCAAUGCUCACUUGGUGAUGACAGGGUGCCCAUGGAGCCCAGGCUGCUAGCUAGAGGAGGGACAGAAGCUGGCCAUUCCUUGAUGGAGCAGGGAGGCAGGUGUGACUGCGUGUGUGUGUGUGUGUGUGUGUGUGUGUGUGUGUGUGGUGGGGGCAUUCAGAGGCAUAUUAGGGCCAGGACGGAGGGUGCUGAAGGCAGAUGGGCAGAUGGCAGGGGCAGAGUGGGCAGCAUCACCCCUCAGUGUCUUCUACUGGUCUGUGAGAGGGCUGUGGUCCCCCGAGGGAGGCUCUCCUACAGGCAGGUGGGCCCAGCAGGGAACAUUGGGGAGAGGGGCAAGUCUUGGCAUCAGAAGCAAAGCUGAGCUUAGCAUCUGGGAGUAGAGUGGGGAUUUCAAGAACACACUCCUCUUCCCUCCCGAUUCUCCUAAAAGGAGUCUCAUGCCUGGAGGUCAUCCCUCAAAUGCACUGAGUGAGGGGUCUCCAGUGUCCAGAGAGGGUCCAGCCUACAUUCGCAGACAUCUCGUGGGCCCCCUCAUAGGCCCUUUCUCUCAUCCGUCCCUGUUGGGGAGGAGAGGGCAGGCAGAACCAGGAAGGGAGUGUGGAUGCUAAAAGAACCCGUGGGCCUGUGCGGGGUGACAGGCUCCGCUCUGGGAUCCCCUUCUCCUUCUCCUGAAGACCUCAGACGCUCCAUCGGCCCCUGGCUUGUUCCCGCCCCAGAGCAAUUGCAGCGGCAACUGGGCAUCCAGCCAGCGGCUCUAGGCCGGCCUACCCGUCCCGGCCUCAGUUUCCUCCCCUGCACUCUCGCCAACGCCUGCCCAGCUCUGUUUGCCCCUCAGUCCCUUUGUCCCCUUUGGGGACAGCCCGAAUCCACUGCGUCGACUGGAAAAACGCUCCUGAUCCAUGUCUUUGACCCCCUGAGCCCGGCAGCCACACGCGGCGGCCGACUGCACCGCAGGACCACCGAGACGCCGGGACCUCCACGCAGCCUAGAGCGGUCCCGGAAGUGCCCGCGGGCGGGGGCGGGGCUCCGGGCGUUCGGGCCGCCGCGGGCUCCGCGUCAGCACCAGUCGCGGAGGGAGGCCGCGUCGGCCGCGGGUUGGAGCAGCUCAGGUGCGGCCCCGCCCCGCCCGCCCGCGGCCCCGCCCCGUCCCAGGUGAGCGGCUCCGCCCCGGACCAGAUUGUGAGAACAGUAAGUGUGUCCCAAAGAAGAACAUUUUUUCAAGAAAUACAGUCAUUGGGGAUAAUACUAGAUCCACAAUGGAG